AUGGCAGAUUCCAACACAACCCAGUUCACCAACCCCUCCACCUUCAUCCUGCUGGGUAUUCCUGGCCUGGAGUGGGCCCAUGUCUGGAUCGCCAUCCCCUUCUGCUUCAUGUACGUCAUAACCAUCUUGGCGAAUGUCACCAUCCUAUUCAUCGUGAAGACAGAGCCAAGCCUCCAUGAGCCCAUGUACUAUUUCCUCUGCAUGCUGGCCAUCACCGACCUGGUCCUGUCCACGGCUACUUUACCCAAAAUAUUGAGCAAUUUCUGGUUCAAUUCCAGGGAGAUUGAGUUCAGUGCCUGCCUCACCCAGCUGUUUUUCGUUCAUUCCUUCGCACUGAUUGAGUCUGGAAUCUGUGUGUCCAUGGCUUUUGAUCGCUACGUGGCCAUCUGCCAUCCCCUGAGACAUUCCACCAUCCUAAAUAACUCCAUGAUGGCCAAGAUCGGCCUGGCCGUUUUGCUGCGAGGUGUCCUGCUUGCACUGCCGUAUCCCUUCCUGGCAAGACACUGGCCAUAUUGUAGAACCAACGUCAUUGCCUACACGCACUGUGAGCACAUGGAUGUGGUGAAGCUGGCCUGCGCCGACGUCCGUGUCAGUAGUUACUACGGCCUCUUUGUGCUAUUCUGUAGGGUUGGUCUGGAUUUGCUCUUUAUUGCUGUGUCCUACAUUCUUAUUCUCAGGGCCAUCUUCCGCCUCCCUACAAAGGAAGCCCGGCUCAAGACUUUUGGGACCUGCAUUUCUCACCUCUGUGUCAUCUUAACAUUUUACACUCCAAAUCUCUUUUCCUCCCUCACGACUCGCUUUGGCUUCAAUAUACCCCUGCAUUUCUACAUUCUGAUUGCCAACAUUUACCUCCUGGUGCCACCCAUGCUAAACCCCAUCAUCUAUGGAGUAAGGACCAAACAGAUCCGGGACAGGCUGCUCCGGCUUGUUAUGCCGAAAGGAACCUAA